CGCUAAACUCAGCAACCAUGGAAGGGCAAAAGACUAACAUACGCACAUGGUGUCGAGGAGUAGGCAUAAUUGAUAAAAAGGAGAAUAAUAAAUAAUAGUUAAAUGAAAAAUGGUAUUAUAUACAGUAUUAUUUAACUACCCUGAAAAAUAAAUAAGAAAAACGAAAAAUCAUUGAUAUCCCCUCUCUUAGAAAGAAAGAAGGGAAAAGAGAGGAGAAGCAGAAGCAUGGUUUCGACGAGGCGCAGUGGAUCUCUCUCUGCUAGCAAUACCAAAAGAUCUUCCUCCUCCGAAGAUAAACCUCCUUCGCCUAAGCGUCAAAAGGUCGACAAUGGCGCUUCUUCGGAGAAAUCGGUGCCGCCGGCGGAGAAUUCCAAGGAGUUAUGUACUCCGGAGCCCGCGCCUGAUCCCGGAGAAUGUGGCUCUGGCGAUGCUCAGGUCGCCGGAGCGGCUGCCGCAGAUGGAUUGAGCCCUGCCAAGGGUGAUGCUACGCCGGCUGUGCCUGUGACGGCGCCGAUUGCUGAUACCACUUGUCCAUCGUUCUCUGCGUGGAGUAUAUAUCAGAAACAAAAUCCGAAUAUCGAAGCAGGUCCAUGGUGUAGGUUUUUGUCGCAGUCUGCUCAGAAUCCAAAUGUUGCUGUUUGCACACCCAAUUUCACUAUUGGUUCUAAUAGGAGUUGCAACUUUCUACUGAAGGAUCAAACUAUAAGUGGGAAUUUGUGCAAAAUCAAACAUACGCAGCGCGAGGGAAGUGCUGUAGCUGUGCUAGAAAGUACGGGUAGCAAAGGAUCUGUGCUUGUAAAUGGGACGCUUGUCAAGAAGAAUACCAGCUGUGUGCUUAACUCGGGUGAUGAGGUGGUUUUUGGUGUGAUGGGAAAUCAUUCUUAUAUUUUCCAGCAACUAAAUACUGAGGUUGCAGUUAGGGGUGCAGAAGUUCAAAGUGGAGUUGGGAAAUUUCUGCAGCUUGAAAGGAGAAGUGGAGACCCUUCGGCUGUCACUGGGGCCUCUAUUUUGGCUUCUCUUUCUAACCUCAGACAGGACCUUACAAGAUGGAAAUCUCCCUCUCAGACCUCGAGUAAACCUUACCAGGGUACCGAUGUCUCUAGUCAUUCUGUUCUUCAUGAUUGUACAGACAUUGAGCUGGAUGGCUCAGAAUCAGCUCCAAAUGUGCGGAGUGAUAAAGCAGCUGAUGUCGGAACAAGCGACAAGAAUUCAACAAUGGAUUGUGAUCCAGAUGCUGACGCAGAGGCAGGCAAUGUAAAAUUCUCUGGGGUAUUGGAAGAAAGAAAUGGGACGCGGGAUAUGCAGGCUGCAUCGACUUCGGGUACAUCUGUGCGCUGUGCUGUGUUUAAAGAAGAUGUCCAUGCUGCUAUACUGGAUGGAAAAGAAAUAGAUGUGUCUUUUGAGAGUUUCCCUUACUAUUUAAGUGAGAAUACAAAAAAUGUCCUGGUGGCUGCUUGCUUUAUGCACCUCAAGCAUAAAGAACACGAAAAGUUUACUGCAGAUCUUACAACCAUAAACCCUCGCAUUCUCCUUUCAGGACCUGCAGGGUCAGAAAUAUAUCAGGAGAUGUUGGCAAAAGCACUUGCAAAAUACUUUGGAGCUAAGUUGCUCAUAUUUGAUAGCCAUUUGCUUUUGGGUGGUUUAUCUUCCAAGGAAGCUGAGUUACUCAAAGAUGGAUCUAAUGCUGAAAAAUCCUCCAGCUGCACAAAACAAAAUCCUACAGUCACGGACAUGGCUAGGAACAUGGAACCAUUAGCUAGUGAAACAGAGGCACCUAGCUCUUCAAAUGCCCCUACACCAAAUGGUUUAGAGUCUCAACCUAAGUUGGAAACUGAUACCAUGCCAUCCACCUCUGGAACAGCUAAAAGUUGUGUGUUCAAACUAGGUGAUAGGGUGAAGUUUAGCUGUUCAUCUUCUACUGGCUUAUAUCAGACUUCUUCAAGGGGCCCACCUAAUGGAAGUCGAGGGAAGGUUGUCUUACUAUUUGAUGAUAAUCCCUUGUCUAAAAUUGGUGUGAGAUUUGAUAAGCCAAUACCUGAUGGAGUUGAUCUUGGUGGUGCCUGUGAGGGAGGUCAAGGAUUUUUCUGCAAUGUCACUGAUCUUCGUUUGGAAAACAGUGGUGUGGAAGAACUGGACAAAUUACUCAUUAAUUCAUUGUUUGAGGUUGUUUUCAGUGAGAGCAGAAGUGCACCAUUCAUUUUGUUCAUGAAAGAUGCGGAGAAGUCUAUUGUAGGAAAUGGAGAUCCAUAUUCAUUUAAAAGUAAGCUUGAAAAUCUUCCAGACAAUGUGGUUGUAAUAGGUUCACAUACUCAAACUGACAGUCGCAAGGAGAAGUCACAUCCUGGUGGUUUGCUUUUCACAAAAUUUGGUAGUAAUCAGACUGCCCUUCUUGACUUGGCUUUCCCGGAUAGUUUUGGACGAUUGCAUGACAGGGGGAAGGAAGUCCCAAAGCCAAACAAAACUUUGACUAAGCUUUUCCCAAAUAAAAUUUCAAUUCACAUGCCGCAGGAUGAGGCUCUUCUAGCAUCUUGGAAGCAGCAACUAGAUCGAGAUGUUGAGACUCUUAAAAUCAAAGGAAAUUUACAUCACUUGCGCACAGUUUUGGGCCGAUGCGGAAUGGAAUGUGAAGGACUUGGGACCUUGUGCAUUAAGGAUCAGACACUUACAAAUGAAAAUGCAGAGAAGAUAGUUGGUUGGGCUUUAAGCCACCACCUCAUGCAGAAUUCUGAAGCUGAUCCUGAUUCAAAGCUUGUAUUGUCAUGUGAGAGCAUCCAGUAUGGAAUUGGGAUCUUGCAGUCUAUCCAGAAUGAAUCCAAGAGUCUAAAGAAAUCUCUUAAGGAUGUCGUAACAGAAAAUGAAUUUGAAAAGAGGCUUUUGGCUGAUGUUAUUCCACCUAGUGACAUCGAUGUUACUUUUGAUGACAUUGGAGCUCUGGAAAAUGUCAAGGAUACAUUGAAGGAGUUGGUGAUGCUUCCUUUACAGCGGCCUGAGCUGUUUUGCAAAGGGCAAUUAACCAAGCCAUGCAAAGGUAUCCUAUUAUUUGGUCCCCCUGGAACUGGUAAAACAAUGCUUGCAAAGGCAAUUGCUACUGAAGCUGGAGCAAACUUCAUCAACAUUUCUAUGUCAAGUAUUACAUCUAAGUGGUUUGGUGAGGGUGAGAAAUACGUGAAAGCUGUUUUCUCUCUGGCGAGUAAAAUUUCUCCUAGUGUUAUAUUUGUUGACGAGGUUGACAGCAUGUUGGGUCGUAGGGAAAACCCAGGGGAGCAUGAGGCCAUGCGAAAGAUGAAAAAUGAAUUCAUGGUGAAUUGGGAUGGCUUACGUACAAAGGAUACUGAGCGAGUUCUUGUGCUGGCAGCCACUAACAGGCCUUUUGACCUAGAUGAGGCCGUCAUAAGGAGGCUGCCACGAAGAUUGAUGGUUAAUUUGCCAGAUGCUGCUAAUAGAGCAAAAAUAUUGAAAGUUAUACUGGCAAAAGAGGAAUUGUCUCCUGAUGUUGAUUUGGAUACAGUUGCAAGUAUGACCGAUGGAUAUUCUGGAAGUGAUCUCAAGAAUUUGUGUGUAACUGCUGCUCACCGUCCAAUAAAAGAGAUAUUAGAAAAGGAGAAAAAGGAACGUGCUGCUGCUCUGGCAGAAGGUCGACCAGCUCCAGCAUUAUGUGGGAGUGGGGACAUCAGAUCUUUAAACAUUGAAGACUUUAAAUAUGCUCAUCAACAGGUAUGUGCAAGUGUUUCUUCUGAAUCAGUAAAUAUGACUGAGCUUUUACAAUGGAAUGAACUAUAUGGCGAAGGUGGUUCAAGAGUAAAAAAAGCACUAAGCUAUUUCAUGUGAGAGUUUUUCUUUGGCUGACAUGUUUCCUCCCCCCCCAAUUGCUGCCUCCAUCUCCUGAAGCCUGCACGUUUAUAGUUUUGCCAAUUUUUAGGGCUUCCAGGGGUUUGGUAUUGAGCCAUUUCAUUUGUAAUGAAAUAUAGGUUUUUUAAAGUUAUUUUUCGUACAUGUGGGAUGAUGGGUUUUGAAGGUAUUGGAGCCUUCCAGAAUUUUGGCCGGCCCUGCUGCUUUUGUUUUGUUCCUCAUCCCAAAAGAACAUCUUUUAAUUUUUUUCCAAGUUGUAGAAGUCCAACUAGAUGAAGAUAAAAUAGCCAGAUGAUCCCGUGCAUAUAUUUGGUCUCUUUAUCGAAAUCUGCUGCAAUAAUAAGCAUUUAGAUCUUGUCCUUUGUCUUUUUAUGACUUUUAUGUACAUAUCGUGCAUGUUAGAGCGGAGCCCUCAUUAAUUGAUUCCUGCGUUAUUGAAGAUUUUAUUUGAAUUCUGCACUCAAUGCUAAAGUGUUAAUGAUGGAUGCAUCUUUUUAUU